AUGGAUGAUAUAUGGAUGCAAAAUGGCACAAAUCCGAAUAAAAUAUUAGUGUUACCAGCAUCACAAUCACAAUCAUCAAUUCAUCCGGAAUCACAUUGGAAUAUGUAUUCCGUAUUAAAUGCUGGACAAAUUUCCGGAAAUUUUGGUGGUUUUUUUUCAGGCAAUACUACCACUAAUAAUAAUAAUCAUAGUGGCAUUAUAGCUGGUUCAUCAUAUUUACAGCAAAUAAUUCCUACCACAUCUAUAUCAUCAUCAUCAACAUCAUUAUCACCAUUAUCAUCAUCAGCAUCAACAUCAACAUCAUUAUUAUCAUCAUCUCAUCAUCAUCGUCAUCAUCAUCAACAACAGCAGCAACAGCAGCAACAGCAACAACAACAACAUGUUCACUCAUCAUUGAUCAGUAAACGUUCCGAAUCGACAUCAUCCGUUAAUGAUACUAUCAGUACAACAACUUCUACCGGUGCUACAACAAUUGCUGCUGCUAUCAAAAAUAUGGUAAAACUGGAAAACAAAUCGAUUGAUACAACAAUUUUUUCAAAUUCCUGCAAUAUAUAUGUAUAUGGUGUGUAUGGGUGUGUGUGGUUGUGCACGGGUGUGUAUGGGUGUGUAUGGUUGUGCACGGGUGUGUAUGGUUGUGCACGGGUGUGUAUGGUUGUGCACGGGUGUGUAUGGGUAUAUAUGGUUGUGCACGGGUGUGUAUGGUUGUGCACGGGUGUGUAUGGGUGUGUAUGGUUGUGCACGGGUGUGUAUGGUUGUGCACGGGUGUGUAUGGGUGUGUAUGGUUGUGCACGGGUGUGUAUGGGUGUGUAUGGUUGUGCACGGGUGUGUAUGGUUGUGCACGGGUGUGUAUGGGUGUGUAUGGUUGUGCACGGGUGUGUAUGGGUGUGUAUGGUUGUGCACGGGUGUGUAUGGUUGUGCACGGGUGUGUAUGGGUGUGUAUGGUUGUGCACGGGUGUGUAUGGUUGUGCACGGGUGUGUAUGGGUGUGUAUGGUUGUGCACGGGUGUGUAUGGGUGUGUAUGGUUGUGCACGGGUGUGUAUGGGUGUGUGUGGUUGUGCACGGGUGUGUAUGGGUGGUGCACAUGUCUGUACUAUUGUUUGA